AUGCUUAGUCCAAAAAGAACGAAAUUUCGUCACCAACAUAGGGGAAGAAUAAAGGGAAUAUCUUCUCGGGGUAAUCGCAUUUGUUUUGGUAGAUUUGCUCUUCAGGCAUUGGAACCUGUUUGGAUCACAUCUGGGCAGAUAGAAGCAGGACGACGAGCAAUUACUCGCUAUGCCCGUCGCGGCGUAAAAAUAUGGAUACGUAUAUUUCCCGACAAACCUAUUAGAACGAGACCUGCAGAAAUACGUAUGGGUUCGGGGAAAGCCAAGGGAUCUCCAGAAUAUUGGGUAUCCGUGGUCAAACCAGGUCGAAUACUUUAUGAAAUAAGUGGAGUAUCAGAGACUAUAGCUAGAGCAGCUUUUCAAAUCGUUGCGUAUAAAAUGCCUAUACAUACUAAAUUUAUUACUAGUUUGCGUAAAUAA